AGCGACACGGGGGAGGUUGGGAUACAGCACAGUCGGAUAAGUUGAGCAGCCGCAGUCUCUGAGGACGAUGAUGGGUAUGAUUCCGGCGACAGCAGCAGCUUGUUUAGAUAGUCGUAGCUUCGCAUUUCAUGCAUCCCUUAAUAUUCCUCAAUUCCCCACUUUUAAUAUCAUUCCAAACAACCCCUCCUCUUCCUCCUCUCCCCGUCGUCUUUCUUUAAGAAAAUCCACUGCCAUCACUCACUCACUCCACCACGACACUGCCUCCGGCUCAACUAUGGAUCCAAAUUCGCCGGUCAAGAACAAGGCUGAGGAUAUAGCACCUGAGCUUAGAGGAACUUCCAUAUAUCUUGUUGGGAUAAACAGCAAGAUAAAGACAAGCUUAGGAGAGUUCAUGGCUGAAACAUUACGCUAUUACUUUUUCGACAGCGACAAGCUGAUUGAGGAAGCUGUAGGUGGCAGUGCUGCUGCAAGAUCAUUUAGGGAGAGGGAUGAGAAGGGAUAUCGUGAGUCAGAGACGGAAGUACUGAAGCAGUUGUCAUCCAUGGGGCGCCUGGUUGUUUCUGCUGGAAACGGUGCAUUUGACAGCCCAACAAAUCUGUCGCUUCUGAGGCAUGGAAUCCUAAUAUGGAUAGACAUCCCAUUGGACAUGAUAGCCAAAGAAGCUGUUGAGGAUGGGCUUCAUCUUCCUGAAGUAGAGUUACUGCCUUCUGCAUCGUAUCCUGAGGUGCUCGAUCAGCUUACUGCUCUGUACAAGCAGAUGCAAGGUGGAUAUGCCACAGCAGAUGCAACAAUUUCAUUACAGAAAUUAACUCAGCAGCUAGGAUAUGAUUCCUUGGAUGCAGUGACUGUGGAAGACAUGGGUUUGGAGGUUCUCAAAGAAUUGGAAAGAUUGAUGAGAGUAAAGAAGUUAAUGGAAGAGGCUGCAAGACCAUUUUAGCUUUCUUCCGGCAAUCUUUGCCAUCAAAAGUUAUCAGGUAUGACAUGGUAUUCAAAUCGACCUAUCCAGAGGACUUGAUAUUUUUCAGGGACCGUGAGAGGCAGAAGUCUGCUGUCAAGUUGGAUCAGCCGUUGUUUGCAACAUUUUCAAAAAGAAGCAUUACCGUGUGCAUUUCCUAACAAGUGUCUUAUGAGGGUCGUUUGGUUAAGAGUGUUAUGAAAUCAGGCAUGGGUUCGGGUAUUCCAAACUCAUUCAUGAUAUAUGGUUGAAUAAAAAUUAAAAUUAAAAUUCAUACCUCAAAUUUCAAAAGUAUGGAUUUUUGAUAUCCCAGGGAUAAGGUGGCUAUGAGGAGAUGUGGGCAACUUGCUUUCUGAUUUUUAUUUAAAUCAUCAAUAUCAAUAUAUAUAUAUAAAGGA